ACUGUUUUCAUAGAAUAGUCUGGCCAGCAGUUUUAAGGCAGGUUUUAGCUUUAUUAAGCUUGGCUUUGCUUCCCUGGGACUAUUUCUCCAGCUGAUCUCUCUGCUUAAUGCUUUAAGGACUUAAUUUAUUGCUCCAUCCGAACAGCCAAACCCAGACAGCCACAUAAGCCAAUCCCUGAAUUUUUCCGUGUUUUCCAGUCUGCCUCCGUCUCGCCCCACUCACACUCUCAGUCAGAGCGCGGCGUUGACAGCCACUGAUCAACCCACUUUGUCGGGGUUUGUGUCUCCAUGCAAGACUGCUGAAAAGAGAAACUCUGACUUUUUUUCUUUUUAUUCUUGCAAAGCAAAUCGUGCACUUCCCGCCCGGAGAAACCGUCCACGGCUGCAGAAUUCACUAAAACAAAAAGAAAGAAAGAAAGAAAAAAAAAAGUAAAAACAAGCAAACAAAAGAAAACCUUUUAAAGUUAAUUUUUUUUUUCUAGAAUCCCCCACCCCCACCGUCUCUGCACAACAAUGUCUGGAGAGGACGCACCUGCUCAGCAGCAAAACGCCGUGGACCAGAAGCAGGAGACCAAGCCCGCCGAGGAGCCCAAAGCCGAGCCGCCCAAGACGGAGUCCGCGGAGGCAGCGGCCACCCCGGCGGCGACCACCGAGAAGGCCCCCGAGGAGGAGACGUUCACCUACCGCGCUCUGGUGCUCACCGGCUACGGAGGCUAUGAUAAAGUCAAGCUGCAGGUGAAGAAGGGCAAGCCGACGCUCAAAGCCGGCGAGGUGCUGGUCCGGGUCAAGGUCUGCGGGCUCAACUUCGCCGACCUGAUGGCCAGACAGGGUCUCUACGACCGGCUGCCGUCCCCGCCGGUCACCCCGGGAAUGGAGUGCUCCGGGGUGGUGGAGGCUGUGGGGGAAGAAGUGACUGACAGAAAAGUUGGUGACAAGGUGAUGGUGCUGAACCGCUUUGGGCUGUGGCAGGAGGUGGCUGUGGUUCCAGCCAGCCACACCUUCCUCAUCCCAGACGGGAUGAGUUUCGAGGAGGCAGCUGCCCUCCCAGUCAACUACAUCACCGCCUACCUGAUGCUGUUUGACUUUGGCAACCUGCGGCCCAACCAGAGCGUCCUGGUCCAUGCUGCUGCAGGUGGCGUCGGCAUCGCAGCCACUCAGCUGUGCAAGACUGUGAAAGAUGUGACCGUGUUCGGCACCGCGUCAGCAAGCAAACAUGAGGCUAUCAGUCAGGGCGGGGUCACGCAUGCCAUCGACUAUCGCACCAAGGACUAYGUGGAGGAAGUCCGCAAGAUCAGUCCAAAAGGGCUGGACGUCAUCCUCGACCCACUCGGAGGAUCAGACACCCACAAGGCCUACAAUCUGCUGAAGCCUAUGGGAAAGCUCAUCACCUAUGGUGCGGCCAACAUGUUGGCGGGUCAGAGGAAGAACCUGAUCGCCGUGGCUAAGAACUGGUACCACCAGUUCUCCAUCCACACGCUCAGCCUUAUUCAAGGCAACAAGUCGGUGUGUGGAUUUCACCUGGGCUACCUGGACGGGGAGAUGGAGCUCAUCACCCAGACCAUGAACACCAUCCUGGAUCUGUACAAGCAGGGCAAAGUCAAACCACGCAUCGACUCCACCUGGCAUCUCGAGCAGGUUGGCGAUGCCAUGAGAAAGAUGCAGGAGAGGAACAACGUCGGCAAAGUGAUCCUCACCACCGAGCCCAUGCCGGAGGAGGAGAAGAAGGAAGAGGCCAAGAAGGAGGACAAGAAAGAGGACAAGAAGAAGGAGGAUAAGAAGAAGGACGACAAGAAGAAGGACGAUGGAAAGAAGGAGGAGAAGAAGGAUGACAAGAAGAAGGAGGAGCCUAAGAAAGAGGAGAAGAAGGAAGAGCCCAAGAAGGAGGAGGAGAAGAACGAAGAGGYCAAGAAGGAGGAGAAGUGAGAGGGAAAGAUGGAUAGUCAAGCAGACCAGCAGCAGGGAGUUUGUGUCCUGGGAGCAGGGGAGGUGGCAGGGAUGAGCUUGGUGGUGGAGCUGCAGGGGGAUGGGGGUGGAGUGGUAGCAAAGAUGGGAAGGAGUUGGGAUAAAUUGGAAAUGAUCACACCAGUCUCAGUCUUUUACCUCCCUUCUGCCUCACCUACUGGGUGAUUUACUCAGGCCUGGCUGCUCCCACCUCCCGUUUCCUCUUCUGUUCCUCAUAUUUACCUCUUAAAAAAAAGAAAAGAAAAAACAUCUGAUCCUUGAGACCCCAUAUAUGCUCUAAUCUCAUCGCCCACCCUCUGCCCCUCACAGUAUUAAUCGAUUUUUGCUAUUGGGAAUCAAAGCAUCAGUAGAGCCGUGGAGGAUGGUGGGCUUGGUCCGAGCCUGGGGGAAAAUUACCAUCUCCCCGACAACCUUAAUCUCCUUUCACACUCCGGCCCCACCCUUGACCCUCCGUGCCCCCUCUGCAUCUCGACUCCCACCGUGUUAAAUUGUUCUGCUCUGACUUCCACCUGCCGCCUCCUCUUCCUCCUCCCCCUCCCCCUCA